AUGCUGGAGGAAGCGUAUGCGGCACGAAACGAUUUAGGACGCUUCCUGAGUAGACAUGUUACUGCCGACGUGCAGAAAAAUAUCUUGACUGAACUGGAGUGGGAGGAUGUAAAAUGUCUGGUCGAUUUGCUGAAGCCUUUGGAUCAGGUCACUCGUGAUUGUUCCGGGAACGACUACCCGACGUUCCAUUUUGCGAAACCCUGUUUCCAUACAAUGCAGACUCAUUUGGAAUCGUUCAAGUACAAUUUUAACGCGAUAAUUUGGAUUCGACAUGUCGCAGAAAAAAUGAGAGAUAAACUGGUAGCAAUGGAAGGCGAUGGAUGGAAUCAAGAAGUUGUUCUUGUUGGUCAGAUGCUUGAUCCAUAUGUAAAAAUCGAAAACCAUGAAAGUGCCGAGAAGCGGAAAGAGGCUACCGAAUUGCUGAAAAAGUAUUACUCCUUUUACGAAGCGGAUGUUCAACCGCUGCCAGCCAUACCAGCGGCAUCUGGAUCAAUCAGAUCCAAAUUUUUGAGCCGAAUGAGUACAACUUCUGUUGCCACCGGCAACGAAGUUGACCGCUACCUGGGCAGCGCGAUUGAGCCUGAGUGCGACGUCUUGGACUAUUGGAAAAGAAACAGCAAGAACUACAGCGGACUAAGUCGUAUGGCGGUAGAUUUUUUCAGUUGCUGCGUUUCGUCCGUUGAGUCAGAACGUUGGUUUUCGAAAAGUGGGAAGCUCGUUACAAAAGAGAGAAAUCGUCUGCUGUCUGACGCGGUGCAGGCAGUGAUGUGCUUGAAAUCUUGGCAUACAGUUUUGUCGAGUUGUCAGCAAGUGAUCGUUCUGGAGGAGGAAUGACGAGAUUUUCGU